UGACAUUCCAUCGCUUUCCCCACCCCAUGGAUGGAGUACCACACCAGAUCCGAUCAGAUCAGAUCAGCAGAUCACCAAGUCUCCUUCACACUCCCACUCCAGCGGCAGCUGAGCAGAGAGCUCCACCGCCGCCGGCCACCAUGAGUUCUCACCACCGCUACGCCCACCUCCUCGACGACCCCUUCUUCCCCUUCCCACCGCCGUCCUCCUCCUCCUGCCCCUUCCUCUCCCCACCCGCCGCUUCCUCCACCUGCCCAUUCUUCGCCCUCGACUCCCCCUUCGCUGCUGACCCUUUCCAUCUCCACCCCUUCCUCCCCACGCCGCCCACUAGCUCCCUCCUCGACCCCUUCCUCCUCCACACCCUCACCGACCGCGUCUCCCAACUCGAGCUCGCCCUCGCCGCCCGCGCCCCACACCCCAGGCCCACCAGCAGGAAGUGCACCUAUGUCACCGAGUCCACCGGCCGCAAGGUCAAGUGGACCACCGAGGACAAGCCUCGCGCCGGCGAGAGGGUGCUCAAGUGGGAGGCUGAGCUCGACUCCCCCUACGACGAUGGAUUCGACCGCAAGUGGAAGUGGGAGGCCAAGGCCAAGACCGCCUCCGCUGCUGCCACCAAGCUCAAGUGGGCCACCCACCUCAAGGGCAAGGGUUGCCUCGAGCCAUGGUCACACUCCUACACCUGGGAGGAGGACUUCUCUGCCACCGACGACGACGACGACGAGGAGAUCGAGGACCAACUCCAUCACAAGGCCCUGCAGGAUCACAGCAAGCUCAAAACCAAGGCCAAGGACGACAAGAAGAAAAAGAAGAAGGACAACAACACCGUGGUGGUCAACAAGGAGCAGAAGAAAUGCCCCUUCUCCGUCAAGAUCGAGGAGAUCCCACCUGAGGAGGACAACACCGCUGGAUGCGUCGCCAUUAGAAAGGCUUUUGCAUUGGGCAAUGGCAAGGCAAAGAAGAAGGAACUGUCCCCACAGGAUGCGGCAUUGCUGAUCCAGUUGAACUACAGGGCUCACCUGGCACACCGUUCACAGGUGCUUCGCUGCCUGCGUGAUCUGGCUGUGGCUAAGGCCAAGCUCAAGGAGAUCAGGUCCCUCUUCUAUAACAUCUCUUACAGGCAUCGCAUGGCACAUGACCAUGAAGAGCGCCAAAGGUUCACUGAGAAAAUCAUCGUGCUGCUGCUCACUGUAGAUGCGCUUGAGGGUCCUGACUACAUGGUGAGGACAGCAAAGAAGUCUAUGCUUGAUGAACUUGAAGGUAUGCUGGAGAUUGUGGACCCUCAGCCACCAGGGAAGCAGAGGUCGUUGACCCGCAGGAAGUUCGAUCUUCCAGAAGGAGGGCCGAUCACAGAUGAGAAGAUGGCCGGUGUGAACAAUGCAGUCAAAGUCAUCCAAAAGGGAAAGAAGUAAGAGGCCAUAUCUCAUCUCGUCUAGUGGUUAUCACGCAUAUGAUGGAGCUUGUAGCACUGUAUCAUCAUCAUCAUCAUUGUAGCACUGUGAUAACCACCGUUGUUGUUUUCAGUUUGUUGAGGAACACAUUGUGCACUAUGCAUGGUAGUCUGAUUGUGCUAGCUAGCAAGCACUAAGCAGCUGUUUGGUCCGGACGUCCAGCCAUUUUAUUUGCUUUGUACUCGUAUGCUGUUGUUAUCCAGAUGUUGUUGUUGCUCUUGUUAGGAUCUCUGUCGGCUGUUAAACUGCCAAGAUGCCCUAGUUCCAUUUAAGCUGAGCACUGCCGCACUGGAUGUGUGUGCGCCUGUGCGUGCCUAUGGGCUAUGGUGUCGUUGUGGCCUUCAUCGGGCCUGCUUAGUUAAUUAAUUGCUUCCCUGA